CUCUUCUGCAGCCACCACCAUGGCAAAGGACAUGGCUCUCUCCCUCCUACUCGUCUUGACCCUGGCAAGCGCAUCCCUUGCGCAUCGGAAGCUCCUGCUAUUCCUGAUUGAUGGCCUUCGCCAUGAUUAUAUCAAUGACCAAGCUCUAGAGUCCUUGCCUGGAUUUAAAGAGAUUGUUAACAGUGGCGUGAAAGUGGAUUACCUGACCCCAGAUUUCCCCAGCCUUUCCUACCCAAACUAUUACACCUUGAUGACUGGUCGCCAUUGUGAGACCCAUCAAAUGACUGGCAACUAUAUGUGGGAUCCGACUACCAAUACGUCUUUUGAUAUUGGCGUGAAUCAAGAGAGCCUGUUGCCUCUUUGGUGGAAUGGAUCAGAGCCACUGUGGGUUACUAUGAUGAAAGCAAAAAGGAAAGUUUUCAUGUACUAUUGGCCUGGAUGUGAAGUUGAAAUCCUUGGUAUCAGACCUACCUACUGCCUUCCAUACUACAGUGUUCCAACAGAUGCGAAUUUCUCCAGUGCUGUGAUUAAUGCUAUUGACUCUUUGAGAAGAGGCACAGCAGAUAUGGCAGCCGUGUAUUAUGAAAGGAUCGAUGUGGAAGGCCACCAUCACGGGCCUUUGUCUGUUCAGAGGAAGAAUGCCUUAAAAGCAGUGGACGACGUUCUGCUCAACAUGACAAAGUUAAUCAAGAACAAGGGCCUGCAGAAUGACCUGAAUGUCAUCCUUUUCUCGGAUCAUGGGAUGACUGACAUUUACUGGAUGGAUAAAGUAAUCGAGCUGAGAAACUGCAUCAACAUGAGUGAUGUUAUACAAGUAAAGGACCGAGGCCCUGUUGUAAGCCUGUGGCCAGCCAAAGGGAAGGAGGUUCAGGUGUAUAACAAGCUGAAACAUGUGCCACACAUGGCAGUUUACAGGAAAGAAGAUAUUCCUCACAGGUUCUACUAUAGAAAGGGGAAAUUCGUCUCACCUUUGACUCUUGUGGCUGAGGAAGGGUGGUUCAUAGUAGAGAGCAGAGAAAGUCUUCCAUUUUGGGAGAACGGCACUGGGAGAAGAGAGGCCUGGCAGAAUGGAUGGCAUGGCUAUGACAACGAGCUCAUGGACAUGAGAGGGUUUUUCCUUGCAUAUGGCCCAGAUUUCAAGUCUAAUUUCAGAGCAGCUCCAAUCAGAUCGGUGGAUGUUUAUAAUGUUAUGUGCAAAGUGGCAGGAAUACAGCCACUGCCGAACAAUGGAUCCUGGUCCAGAGUGGAGUGUAUGUUAAAAAAUAAUGCUAGUUUGGCACGGUCCUUCCAGUGGAGCAGCUCUGUGCUGGCACUCAUUCUGUUUACGUUGUUUGUAUAACACAUCUGAUUACUCUGGUCCCAGUACAAUGUCAGCCAGUGUAUCCAGUUUUUCCCCCCAUUUCAUAAUCUGAAUAGCAACAUUAACAGAAUGCUGCCUAGAGAAAACUAUACGUAUUCAUCUCUUUUAAAAAAAAAACAAAAAACAAGCGUGGCUCCAGAUUUUGUCUGGUGUAAGAAGAAAACUUCAGUGUGCUCCUCCUUUCGGGAAGAACCGUGUGCAUUAUGCAAGAUGGAAAAAAUGGAGAAUCGCCUUCAAUUUUACUUGUUUCCUGGUGUGCCAGCAAACUCCAAGGGACCCAGCCAAAGUUCAAAAGCCAUCAUCACAAUGCAAUAAAACCCGUAUCAGAACUAGGGAAUCUCUUCCCUUCUCCUCCUCUUCCUCCAGCAGCCUUUCUGGCCUUGCAUGCAUUGCUAUGGAAAUAAUUUUGGGAGAUUAUGCAAUCACUCCCCCUUUCUCGUUUCCCUCCACAUCACUAUUCAUUUUUUUAUACGUUCAUGGCAAUUCCUUUCAAAGCUGAAGAAUUUGACACUUCAUCUGUAGAGGUUUACACAGGAGAAAGUCCCACUGAUUUUGUUUUAGGAUCUAGGUUCCACUUUGCACACAUAUCCUGGCAUGCUAGCUGCCUCCAUAUCGGUUUCACAAACCAUGUACGUCCAUCUCCUGUUCUCUCAUGUUAAAUACUUUAAGCUGUAAGAUUGUAUUUAGUUUCAUUUUUGAAAACUUUUCCAAUGAAAAAUACAAUAUAUUCCCUAUUAUUUAGAUCCCAUUCAGCCAAGUUUAAAAAGCUGUUUUCAAUUUAAUUGAGUGCCUGAGCAACCAUAUAUAAUGAGCUCUUCUUUAUAUAAAUAAGGUUGCACUGUCUAUAGAAAACAGAUACCAGGCCCUUCCAUCACUCAGCCCAUCUACUGCCUUAAGGAGUUUGAAAUAGCUUUUUGGAUGGUGAAUUUUUUUAGAAACUUCAGAAAGUGAAUAUUCACAAAGAUCAUACUUCUGGCUGCUUUUAUAGAUGUUUUGACUACCAGGGAUAUCUCACACAUAAACAUAAAUAUUAAACCUGACAGGAGAGUUCUGUAAUAACUAGUAAACAUUUAUGCAUUUUUUAAAAAUUCAAGAGAACCAUUGAAUCAAUUAGAAGGAAAAACACAUGAAAUAAAUGUAGUGUUUUGUUAUCAGGCUAUUGAAUGGAAUUUAGUUUUUUCUAAGCCCUUGGAGUAAUUGGGAAACAAGCAUCAACUAUUUAGAGGCAUUAAAAGACCAGGCUGUAUAGCCCCAGCCCUUUCGUUACACUUUCAUUUAAAAAAUAUCGUAACUCAAAACACAAUUAAAUUACUGAAUUAAAAGAUUCACUUUUAAACCAACACACAAACAAGAGGAAAAACCCAGGAUGUGCAAAUAGUAUAGGAAUAUUCUUCUAAAAGAAAAGUUUCAGUAUAUGUUUUCCUCUGUCUUACAUUGCUCUUGGAUCCCAAAACUCAUUAAGUAUUUUGGUUCUUUUUAAAUAUUAUGCAAAUAAAGAAUUUAAAAAAACCUCUAUUCAUAGUAACUGAGUUAUCCCAGUUAGCACCAAUGCAAGAGUUUUGAACUGAGCCAUUAUUGUAUGCAUACAGAGAAGUGCUUUUUAUUGAGUGAGUCUGGGCUUAUUGCACAGUUAUUGUGGGACAGUUGUAAGGAUUUAUCCAAUUUAAUAAGGGCUUUGUGAAAAUAUAUGCACAAAUAUAUACCUCACUAGUGCACCCCACCCCAACUUUAGGCAUUCAUGAGGAAACAGAGAAGUGGUUAUUCUUGAGACUGACCAUCUUCUGGAGAACUGAAAUUUAUUUAUGUACUAUUUCAAUGUUUUUGUAUUGAUUUGUAUUCUUUUUACGGAUAAAUCAUGUAUUGUGUAAUUUGUGUUAUCACAUCUUUUCCUGUAUAGGCUGCAAAUGGAUGUGUUUUAAAAUGAUGAAUAGGAUGGGUGGGGGAGGGUCUUUAAGUUUGCGGC